AUGGUCAUUGGAAGUGGUAUCUUUGCGUAUGUUGUCGGCAAUAUAGCUGCUGUCGUGAGUACGCAGAAAGGGAGUGAGAUACGAUACAAGACCAAGUUGAAAGAUCUACAGGAAUAUCUGAAUAUCAGAACAGUUCCCAAGUCUGUAGCAUUUCCAAUCCUACAGCAGUGUAUGAAUCAAUGGUCCAGAAGUGUCUACGAUGAAGAGUUUCUGUUGCGAGAAGUCAAUGGGCAACUGAGAAGGGAAAUGAUCCUCGCAGUUCACGGCAGUACCCUCUUUAACAUCUCACUGUUCAGAGAGAUUUCCCGGGAGAACGAAGACUUCAUGGUGGAGUUGUCUCUGAAGAUGGGAUCCACAAUCUUCUUGAAGAAUGAAGAGCUUGACUUGUCGGAUUUUGAGGGGACAGGAGCGAGCAUGUAUUCGAUCAAGUCGGGGACGGUUUCAGUGACUUGUAAUGAGCUGGGAGAGAACAAAGUCGAGAACAUUCACGCUGGAGGCAUCUUGAACUUCAAGCCCAUGAUACACUCGGUUGUUCAGCGAUUGUUACACGAACAAUAUUUUUCAAAGACGGAAAGCGGGGUCAUCGCAAGGGCUGUGAACUUUGUCGAGACCUUUCAAUUGAGGGCUCAAGAUGUCGAGGCUUGCAUUCUGAAAUGCGACACGCAUCACGAUAUCUUCGACAAGAUCAAACAAUUCUGCGCAGACGAUUACAAGGAAUGUCAGGGCGAGGAGCAGGUGUUCAUGGGAUACGUAGAUCUGGUCUGUCGUCAUGAACGAGCUCAGUCACUGCACGAGAGCAAUCAAGACGGUUCACGAGGCUCGAGGAUUGAGGACUAUCAGAGUCAGCACAAUAAUGAUUUCAUAGCCAAGAGCGCGGACUACAAGGUAGAGGAGCAUGAAGAGGAAAUGCCCAACGGCAAAGACAACCACGUUUUUGAGAUCCACAAGCAAGAGAUUUUACCUGAUUUGAACCUGGAUGUUGAACUUUCCAACGAUGUCUCUUCCUGUACAAACCACACAAUACCUCUGCAGUGCAUUGAUAAUGAGGAUCAAGUUGUCUUCGUACCUUUUUCCUAUUGA